CUGAGGGAGCACAUCCGCAGGUUUUACACCGAGCAGAAGAGGAACAAGCUGCUGAACUACACGACAGAGGCUAUGGUCAUUUUCUCACUGAUCUGGACUCUCCCGUCCAACAACCAUGCUCAGUCUCAGCUUGCGAAAAAAAAUUACUUGAAGGAUUUCAUUACGCAGAAGAUCACUGACUUGGAGAAUGACAUCCAGAAAUGCUUUGCACCAAUCGAACAGCCACUCAGGGAAGGCGUAGACGAAGCGAAGAAGUCAUACAAUAAAACUAUCUCCAGUCUCCUCAAGCGCAGCCACGGGCACCAGGGCUACCACCGCACCCUGAAGGCCGUGUGCCUGAAGAAGGGGGCCUACGCCUCCCGCACCUUCCUCAGGAUCGACAUCAACGACGCCCUGGCGCAGCCCAUCUACAGGAAAAUCGACCCCAGCUUUGGGGAGGUGUUCAGGAUCCAGAUGAGCACCCGUUCCACACUGAAAAUCUGCCUGGAUGCCUUCAAAACGCCGUGCAGCAGAAACUGCAGGAAGUUGGGAUGCAACUGGUGGCUGACAGCAACCAGCUCCAUUUCCUCAAGCAGGAGACAGACUUCAUCGUCGCUGAGGCUGAAAAAUUCAUCCUGCAGAGGAAAGCAGAAAUCUACCAGUCCCUUGCAGCGUCCAUUCAAAACGACCUGCUGCUCUGCUAUGAAGGUAAGACCAGCCACCUCGUUUUUUUCCUCUUUGUCCCUGGAGGUUUUGAUUUUCGUAGAAUAA